GUGGUGGGUUUUUUUGUGGGGGGUUGUUGUUGAUUUAUUGGUGGUGUUUGUUUGCUGUUGUUGUUGGGUUUUUUUGUUUGUUUGUUUGUUGUUGUUUUUGUUUUGUUUUUGGGGGGGAUAGGGUUUUGAUGGGAGCAUAGGGUUUUGGUGGGGGUGUUGUUUGUUUUGGUUUUAGAUUUUUUUUUUUCUUUUUUUUUUAGCUUUUGUUGUUAUUGUUGUUUGCCAAUGACAUUGUUAUUUACCUUUAUUUCAGUUGGCCCGGACUCCGUUGCAUUCAGUCCACCCACACCUGGAUUAGUUGUAGUUGUAGAAGGAAAUAGUCUGAAUAUCACCUGUGUUGCUGAAUGCCACCCACCUUGUUCCUAUUCCUUGACACCGGGGACUCCACACUUCACUUCCAGACCUGUGUUAAUACUGUCAAACAUCAAUAUGAGUCAAACGGGUAGUACAUAUACAUGUACAGCAAAGAAUAUUGGCUCAGAUGCAUCUAGAAGUAAUCAAUUCUUGCUAAUAGUCCACAGUACACCGAUUAUUCCCUCUAACAUCAGCACACGCAGCAUCAGUCCAACUGUUGUGUCUGUAACUUGGGUAGAGGAAUUCAAUGGUGGAUCAGCACAGAUGUUUCUGGUACAAUACCGAGGAGAUGCAACAUCGCAGUGGACGAAUUUUACUGAAAUAGUUUCUGAAAGAGGCAUCAACACAAAGCACACUAUCCGGAUACCAGAUCUACAUCCAAAGACGAGAUAUCUGGUGCGAGUUCUGGCCUUUAACAAAUAUGGAUACAAAAACUUCACAGAGGAACAGGAUAUUUUGACAGCAGAAGCAUCUGUGCCUAAUAAACUGGAUAUGUUGCCAGUGGUUGUAGGAGGCAGUGUAUCUGGAUUAAUCAUCUUGAUUCUGCUUCUUGUUGUGGCUAUUUUAGUCUGUCGAAGAAGCAACAAUAAAGAUAAAGACACUGACGAUCAUAUAUAUGAUUCAAGCCAACCAAACACUAGAUCGCAGACAGCGAUGCAACAUAACAACCCAAUGUAUGAACAUGAUACCAGCACGGUUGUUGAAACUGCGUGUGACGAGGAAGCACCUUACGAUACAGUGGCAGCUAGCGUAAACCGAAAACCAGAAGAGAGACCAGCACGUAGGACACGUUCACCAAUCGGGGACAGCGAGGAAGCACCAUAUGAUACUAUCACCGUUUACGAAAAUUUAAAAUAAGUUUUCACAGACUAAGACACGUGUGCUGUACAUCGCUUCAGAAGACAAACGGAAGAGAUGAAUAUGACUAUAAUGAUGACGUUAAUCAGAAAAAUUUAACAUGACUCUUUAUGUACUUUUACUGUUAUUAUCAGUUACUGUUGUGCAAGCUUUCGUUUGCGAAAAUCUCCAUAUUUGUCAAUUGUUUAGUUUUGAAUAUUUCUUCGAUAUCUUAUAAAUAGAACUGAAUAGUUGCCUCCUGUAUCAUAUUCAUCAGGAUUUUAGAGAGAAUUUAGAGAAAAUCCGACGUCAUUUCAGUCAAACGAGCACAUGACACAAAUUAAAUAUGGCCGCCCGGUUAUAUGACAUCAUUUUGGCAGUAAAGAUUUGGAUUGAUUAUAACUGAUUGAUUAGCAACACAUAGCUUAUGAAGAAGAACACUUACUCCAGAGCACUACUAAUCCUGUUAUUAUUAAUACUACUACACUUUCUCUUUUUCAUCCUAUUAGUGUGGUUUCUUGUUGUUGGUUGUUGGUUUUGUAUUUGUUGUUUUUUUGUUGCCGGUUUUUUUGUUGUUAUUUUUAGUUUUCACUUUAUUUUAUUGUUUUGUUGUUGUUUGCUUUUGUUUUCUUUUUUCAUUUAUUUCGUUAUCUCAGCGGCGAGUCUAUUGCCUAACAAAAACACAAAUAACGAUUUCAGUGUUCAAUAAUUGUAUUAUGUUAAUACACUUUUGACAGUACUGUAUGAAAAAGGAGUCACAGUGACUACGGAUAUGGAACGUUUUACGAUCAGGUAUAACCGGCCAUUUCUAUCAGAAAACUUUCAUUGUAAUCUCCUAAAGGCAAUUCCAGCCUAAAAAGCAGGAAGCCAGUGGAAUCACCAUGUGUCCGGAAGACAAUGCCUACCAUUCUUCUCACCCCACCCCACACCACGAUUUUUGAAGAAAUAUUAUUGUGAUUGGCCUUACUAUUACAAGUCUGUACAUUUAUUCAUUAAAGUCAAAGAAAAUUGCAUUAGAUAUAUCAACAUUUAUUUGUGUUGCAAUGCAAAGACGUAAAACGUUCUUGUUUCCUCCUCUACUACCACUACUAUAUUAUCAACACUACUACUACUAUUACUAACAUUAUUAUUAAUUAAUAAUUAAUUUUUAUAUACAUUUCCAUGUUUUGUAUUUACUAAAAUGUUUAAAUGUAGUUUGUUACCAUAUUUUACUUAACACUAUUGUAUUAAUAACCAUGCCAUGUAGUUUGUAUGUGUUAUCCAAGGGUAUAAUAAACUUAUUAAUUGAUUGAUUGAUUGACUAUAGCGAUAUAGCUAAGACACUUCGGCAUGUGGUUUAGUGAACCAGGUAUAACUAUUAAUACAGUUUAUGUAAAUGCAAACGCAAACUGUUUUAGUUAAACUGGUGUACGGUGGACGUGACACUGACGUCACAGUCAGGAUAGGUGAGUAACUAAAUAUUUCAUGAACGUCCUGUCGCUAUGGAGCCGACGAGACACUCUGUGUUUAAAGACCAAUAGCUUGUAACAGCAAAAAGCUAUCCUAUUCACGUUGUGGUUGCAGUCGUGCGCAUGUAACUACGAGGUUUUGCGACCCUAAAACCAAAAUGGCUCAAUGUCACAAAUGGAAUGGCGUAAGCCAGACUACAAUAUAAUUUAUUAGAGACAGGUAACCUCAGGAUUUUCCUAUACAUCCGAUGCGAACCUUAGCUUUGUUUUCACUGUCGCCUAAGCUUUGGCGAAGCGAGGUAUGUUUCUUUUUUCUUCCAUUUUUUGGCGGCCCCGGUACUGUACUUCAUGUACACUAAGAAUUAGUUAAUUGGUAAUCUGACGUUUGCCAUCUAUGCAUUAACAUGGUAUCUACUUAGUUGGUGACCUGCAAAUCACUCCAAUUAUUGUAAUGGAAUAAUAACAUUUUAUGAGCAAU